CCUGUAAACUGGAAAGUCCCUGACAGCCGGAGCGGUCCCGGGCAGCGAGAAACGGCGGUCGGUGUUGUCAUUUUAAACGAGCGACGCGAACGCUUUCCUCUCCUCGCUUCCGCCGCGGGCGUACGACUCCGCGAGGCCGCCUCUGCUCGCGAUUUCCCCCCGAGUAGAUGCUCCGCUCCGAGUGCUAGCUGCUGUUAGCAACGGCUAGCUCUUUGUGUGGCUAGCUGCUAGCCGAGCGAUGUUUUGUUGUUGUUGAGCCGAGCAGCCCUCCCGUCGUCUGGGAGCGGAGACCCGUCAGCUGUGUGUGUGUGUGUGUGAGUGAGCGUGUGUGUGCAUAUGUGUGUGUGUGUGUGUUUGUGUGUCUCGACGCCGUGAAAGUGACCCGCUAGCCGACGACAGGAGAGUAGUUUGACCGAAGAGGGAGGAGAUGGGAAACUGUCUGAAAUCUCCCACAUCGGAUGACAUUUCUUUGCUACACGAGUCUCAGUCGGACCGGGCCAGCUACGGAGACGGAGCUGACCCCGACCAGGAGCCACCGCCCCCCUACCAGGAGCAGAUCCAUGUGCCUGUUUACCACCCAACGCCCAGCCAAGCCCGACUGGCCACCCAGCUGACGGAGGAGGAGCAGAUUCGCAUCGCCCAGCGCAUCGGGCUCAUCCAGCACCUUCCCAAGGGCGUCUAUGACCCGGGGCGGGACGGCUCGGAGAAAAAAAUCAGAGAGUGCGUCAUCUGUAUGAUGGACUUUGUUUACGGAGACCCGAUCCGGUUCCUGCCCUGCAUGCACAUCUACCACAUGGACUGUAUAGACGACUGGCUGAUGAGGUCCUUCACCUGCCCUUCCUGCAUGGAGCCGGUGGACGCCGCACUGCUCUCCUCCUACGAGACCAACUGACACAGACACCCCCUCGGACCAGACUGGACACACACACACACACACAAACACACACACACACAUGGAAUAUGCACACAAAUGGAAAUACACACAACUUCCAUGUUGCUAACUUAUAUCCUGCAUUAGUAAGAUGGUAAUAUCAAAGCAAGUAACAAGACGUGGGGUGGAUUCUGUGUGUUUGUGUGAGAGCAUGAGUGUGUAGAUAUACGUGUGUGUGUGUGUGUGUGUGUUCACGGUGCACAGUUUCCUCAGUUGGCCUGCUGGACAGGAUUGCAUCUGGGAAAGGACCGGAGGGAUGAAGAGUGUUGAGAAGACAGGAGCUGACGGCGGUGGGGUCAGGGGGAGUGCUGAGGGAAGUGGAGGGGGAAGGAUGGCGGCGGUGGUGGUUAAGGAACAUUUCCAAGAUCUGCUUUUAGAUAUGCGAUACAUGCACACAAGCGAACACACACUUCCUUUAUUUACUCCCAAUCAAAAGUGAGCCAGAGUGCAGAAGGACACGUGACCUCCAUCGCCGGGCUGCAGGUUGUGUUUGUUGGACUGCCGAAGCCUGGACUAAUGUAACGUCGUACUGCAGGACAACGGGGGGCAGGAGGGGAGGAAACGCCCUGCAGAGUCAUACAUGCUGCAAAAAACUGUCCCAGAUGCAGAUAUGUGGUUGGUGGGGGGGCAGAAACGCCCUGCAGAGUCAUACGUGCAGAUAUGUGGUUUACAGACUGCUAGAGAUGGACAGCGGACUCACAGAGGCCUCCUCAGGUCGUCUCUCUGUACAGAUCUUUCCCGAGAAAAAACCAGAUCGGUGGGUGGAUUUGAUUGAUUGUCCCGUGGCUUCGUGAAAUCUGUUCUGUUUGUUUAUCAGUCAGCAUAAGGGCUCCGUUGAACCGACAACACAGACAUGACAAGAGGAAAUCCAGUUUUAGCCGCUGAUGGGAUGGAGAGACGGUCGCUGCCGAGCUUUUGUCUCCUCGGCCAAAGCACAAGUAGACCAGUUAACAAACCAUUGAUUAUGAAUCAGAUAUUUGCACUUGUUAAUCAUACGUGUGACAAGAGGACCAUAUGCAUUCAGUAAUUAUGUCGACGAGAAGUUUCUGAUUUGCUUUGUGUACAUCCUCAUUACUGAUUUGUAACGAACAGCGGGGAGCCGGAGCGGAUACUUAAUUUAUUACAGGGGACAUUAAUCAAACUACUGAAUUAAUUCCGAGGUUUGUGCCCACGUAAACGUUGUAAAGGUCCCAUAUUGUGGUUUAAGGGAUGUUCUCAGUGAAGACCAGUGAGCUGCUGCUGUUCCCCUUCAGGCAGAACUCGCCUCCUCUGCAGAGGCGUCACAAAGCAUCUCAGAGGGAAUUCUUUCCUACUCGUAAAGCUGGGUAGGCUGGACAAAUAGCAGAAUUAAAUUAAUGUCUUAACAGCUUUUAUUUUGCUCCUCCUGAGGGCUGUGCUACGAAGCGAAGGUGGCUCUCUUUUAACCUGGCUAGAUCACCACGGCAACUAAUGCUGUGAAGCUAACCCGGUCCGAGCAGGUUACGGUCAGAGUUUGGAUUUGAAUCGACUGGAGGAAGCUCCUCCCUUUAGCUACAUCACUUCCUGAUGAUUCUCUUAAAGGCGACACAGAUUCUCAGAUGUGUAGUGAUGCACGAUAUUAAAAUUUCUGGCCGAUACCGACAUCCGAUAUUAAGAUUUCUGAUAUCGCCGAUAACCGAUAUUGCCGAUGUCGAUAUUCAGCUUUUGUUUACACCGAAGAAUGAGUUUAAGUAAGCACUGUGAGAACGCUAUUCAAAAGAAGUCCAAUUUAGACCACAUGGUCUUCUUAUUACGGAGCAAAAGAAAAAAGCAUAUUUAAUGUUCAAGUCCAGGACACUUUAAGUAGAAACAUCUGUGAGAUAGCCGCGAUAUCAAACGUAGAGACGAAGGCGCUGAUGUUAGACAAUCAUCGGCUCAGUUUGUUCAUCGGACCGAUACCGAUAUGUCGGCAAAAAACACUAAUAUCGGCCGAUACCGAUGUGGUCGCCGAUAUGUCGUGCAUCCCCAGAAAUGUGUAAUAUCUGCAAAUGUGUUUAGCUGUAUCGUACUGAAAUCGCUGAAUGAAGCCGUAGUUACAGUAUCCCACACUGUAUGCAUCAUGUUGCCAUGGAAACCCAGCAUAUUUCUGGCUGGCGAUGCAGAAAUCACAUAAAUCAGUUUUCUUGUUUGGCUCUGAUUUGCUUCCAGUACCAGUUACGCUGCUGGUGCUGCAGCUGAUAGAAAAUGGAUUAUCCUACUGGUAUGUAUUGCAGACAAUAGUCAAUAAAUGGCAUUAAUUUCACUUGGAUUUGACUAAAAGUUAAAGUGAUACUCUGCAUUAUGGGGCAGCGUUGGAGCUAAAUGCACUUCAAUACGAUAAACAUUUAAAUAUUUGAAGUUUAACAGCUCUAAUGUGCAGCGUUCAGUUAGAAAUAAGCAUCAGUCAGUAAAAUACAUUUUGAUUUACCAGUUUUCUGCCAGCGUUCCUGUCUUACAUCAUUUGCAGUUUUAUUACUGCAUCCCUCAUCGUUCUCCAUUAAAGCAACCUGUUCGCUAAAGUAGGCGGCACACGAUUGUUUCACUUGGCGUGGACGAACGUGCACAUGAUGCAUUCAAAGCCCGCUUUUCUGUGAGCAGUCUGAAGCAGAAGGCCUGAGUGGACUAAAAAAGUCGACAACCACGGUCGUGAUACUCGUUAUCUCUGACUGGGAGUUUAGUUUGUGUCCAGCCGAUUUACCAAAAGAAAGCCCGGCUGUGUCAGACUUGCUUCGUAGUGCAGCCGUCUGGUCUGGAACAACCACCAAACACAAGGAAGGUGGAUUUUCACCAUAUGGGACCUUUAAAACAUACACAAGUUUGGGCUCUUCUGGUGUGUUUGAAUAUGUAAAAUCACGUCCUGUGCUGCGGCAAACGUGUUCAUUUGAUCAAAACUCAGACGCAGAAAUCGUUCACGCUGGCGAGGUGCCGCCGUCAGAAUCCGGUUUGCAUGUCAGUUGCAUUUGCAUUUUUACUUUCUUCUUUUUCUCUAUCUAAUCUAAUCUCACCACGUUUCAAAAUGUCUGUCGGCCAAGUCACCCGGUUUCCUGUAAAAGCACAAAGAAGCGCGACUGCUCGGUUGGAUUUUUUUCUCUCCUCCCCGCUAACGUCGGCCCGUGGGACGCAGACACGGAUCCGUUUGAAAACACGCCUUUUACGUGAUCCGUGUGUGUUCGUCCUCUCUGUUGGAGAAAGUUCGUUGGGCGGCAGCCAGCACCUUAGUUUUUGCACAGUACUUUAAAUGUACUCAACUCUUUAUGUUGUACCUCCAUCAUGAAGGUGGAGCUUCAUGGCCUUAGGUUACACAGGAGCGAGCGUUGGCACCAGCUGCUACAAGUCCGGCAAGAAAAGGAGAAGCGGAGGAGACGACGAUACGCAGACUGUUUGGAUCGCAAAUGCUGUCGCCGAGUUGUCCGCCAUUGUACAUGUCAUAUCAUGAAGAAAACGGAAAAUUGUCCCGCUGCAUUGUCACACAACUAAUAAAUGAAUUGUCAGUGUA